CCUGCGCAUAUUGUUGUUGACUGCUGCCGCCACCUACUAUGAGAUUACGCCCAUUUCGGGAAUUACCUUUUUUUUUUUUUUGCCAGUUUGUAGUGUGGAAAGCAAACACUCUCGCCUCGUCGACUCUAGCGUUCGAUCGGUAGGCACGUGACGCGCCCGUCUGGCACACUGGGCGAGGUGAGUGUAACGCCCCCAAGGACGCGCUACUUCUCGUGGUGAGGACGGCCGGUUUUGAUGCAGUCGCACGUCUCUGCUCGCCACGACCAGGUAGCCGGAAAGUGGCUCGCGAGGCGGCACGACGUCGGCAGCUUCGGCCACCGAGCGGCAUGACUGCAUAGCUGCCUUGCCGUUUUUUGCGCUCGCAGGCGUCCGCGUAUACCGUCGUCGUGUGACGUGCACACAGCUGGAGGUGACACAUUUCCGCGACGGUGAAAACUGCUGGCGCGUAGGGAGAACUAGUCCCGCAGAGAGGACGCCGCUGUGAAGGUUCGUGGCGACGCCGGGCAGCAUGAAGAACACGCCGAGACAAGAACUGCUGUCGCUGGCCAAGCAAUGGGGGUUGAAACCCAACACCAUCGAGUUUGCACGGCGCCUGGACAGCGAGGACCCGCUGCGGGCAUUCCGAGAGCGGUUUGACAUUCCCAAGAUGGCCGACGUGUCUGUGGUUGACCCAAAGUUCAUCAAGGUGCCUGGACAGGAAUGCAUCUACCUGUGUGGCCACUCAUUAGGUCUCAAGCCAAAAGCUGCUGAUGGCCAUGUACAGAAGGUUCUUGACAAUUGGGGUAAAACUGGUGCAGAGUGCCAUGUGCACGGGUAUCUGCCAGCAGCCACGUGUGAUCUCUACCCGAGGAAGCUCAUGGCAGACAUCGUAGGGGCUGAUCCGGAUGAGAUAGUUUUCAUGAAUGGUCUCACUGUAAACUUGCACUUGCUUAUGAUGACAUACUACAGGCCACAAGGAAAACGAUGCAAGAUGGUCAUCGAGUCAUAUGCCUUUCCAUCAGACAUGUAUGCUGCGCAGUCCCAAGUAGCCCACCAUGGCCUUGAUGUUGCAUCUAAUCUUCUCAUCCUAAAGCCAAGACAGGGUGAACAACUACUUAGAGAGGAGGACAUCUACGACCUUAUCGAGAAGGAAGGCGACAGUAUUGCUCUUUUGCUCCUUCCUGGAGUCCAGUACUACACUGGGCAGGUGUUGGAUGUGCCUGGCAUCACAAAUGCAGCACGAAAAAAGGGUUGCAUCAUCCUCUGGGACAUGGCUCAUGCUGUAUGCAACAUGGAACUCAAAUUAAACGAAUGGGAUGUGGACAUUGCAGCCUGGUGCACAUACAAGUACAUGAACUCUGGUCCCGGCAGCAUUGGAGUUGCAUAUAUAAGCCACAAAUUCCGAAAAGCCUGUGAGCGGCUUCCAGAGCUGAGAGGCUGGUGGGGCAACAACAUUGAAACCAAGUUCCUUAUGAGACCUGAAUUUGAUCCAUGUUUGUCAGCAGAUGUCUUCAAGCUCUCCAAUGGACCACCUCUUCUAAUUGCAACAGUAAUGGCAAGCCUGGAGAUGUUUGCAGAAGUCAAGGAGUCUGACCGCCUGCACAAGCAAUUUCUGCUCACUGGUUACUUUGAGCUUCUCAUGAUUGAUGACCUGGGUGCCAGCCACGACAUUACAGACAGCACACGGCCAUUUCACAUUCUCACACCGUCUGACACAACAAAAAGGGGUUCCCAGCUCAGCAUACAUCUUGCUGAAGAGCCCAAGUUCACGCACCAAGAGCUACAGUGCAGAGGAAUUCUUUGCGACCUGAGAAUGCCCUCAGUUGUCCGGCUCGCUCCCAUGCCUAUGUACAACACUUAUGAAGACGUCUACAACUGCAUCCAAGCAUUGAGAGAGAUCUGUGCCAACUUUCCUUUGAAAAAAACCUCUUGAUCAUAGCUCUCGGCAUGGACCAUAGUUUUUUCAUAAAGUUCUUGCGAGAAAAAUGAAUUCUGACAGAAGGA